CCGUAGUCGCCCUCCAUUGAGUGCAGGAGGUUUUCCCUCCCCCCCUUUUUUUUUCUCCACUGUAUUUAAACGUCCCUGGUAACAAACAGAUCUAAACAGAGUUCCCAACAGCAGCAGCAGCAGCAACAGCAGGUUCUCCGUCUCCUACAGCCACCAUGAAAGUUGCAUCUUUUAACAUUCAGAAGUUUGGAAAAAACAAAGUGUCCGACCCAGAUGUUCUCAAUAUCCUGGUUAUGAUCGUUUCUCGAUAUGACAUCAUUUUGAUCCUGGAAGUGGUGGACAGCAGCGGAGAGUCCGUAAAGACCUUCCUGGAUGCACUCAACAAAUACAACAGGAAGCAUCACUACACGCUGAAGAUCAGCUCUCGUCUUGGCCGAACGCGCUACAAGGAGCAGUUCAUGUUCCUGUACAGGGAUCAGGUGGUUGACUUGGUGGGCUCAUAUCAGUUUGAUGACCAGUUGACUGAGGGAGGAGACGUUUUCGCCAGGGAUCCCUACAUCCUGAGAUUCAGAUGCCUUAAUACAGUGCUGAAGGACCUAGUGAUGAUCCCAGUUCACACCAAACCAGACGACUCGAAGACGGAGCUGGACGAGCUCUACGAUGUCUUCCAGCACGUCAAGCAGCAGUGGAACACUGACAACGUGAUGAUCCUGGGCGACUUCAACGCCGACGGCUCGUACGUGUCCAAGAGUGCGAUGAAGGACAUCCGCAUCCGUAGCGACAAGAACUUCCACUGGCUGAUCGGAGACGACGUGGACACCACGGCCAGCACCAGGAACGACCACACAUACGACAGGAUCGUGGUCUACGGAGACGACAUGCUCCAGGCCAUCGUGCCCAACUCGGCCAAACCCUUCAACUUCCACAAGGCGUAUGGACUCAGUGGCGAGCAGGCUCUCAAAGUAAGUGACCAUUACCCUGUGGAGGUGGAGCUGAAGUCCAUCACUAAGACAACAGAUGAAGAGAACGGUCUGAAAGUGCAGUGGCCGGUUCGGUCAGUACGUGAGGCGCUGGAUGACGACCUGCUGGAGCUGAAGAGAGGAAACCUGCUGCUGGAGAGGGAGAAGCUGGGGCUGGAGAUCCAGAUCCUCCGACAGAAGAUGGCCAAGAUGAACUGCGGAGAUGCCGAUUAACCUCAGGAAGACAGAUCCAGUGAAAAACAACUCAACAAAAUAAUGGACUUACCUCUUACUCACUCAGACACACAACCUACAGAACCACUCUGUUUUUAACUUGUCUUUCUCGUUUCUUUCAUUCCACACACAAGGUGAAUUCGUAAUACAUCUGUGGUAUACAAUAUGUAGAUGUGUAAUAUAUAACAUGUUAUUGUAAUAACAUACACAAUCACAAAACUAUCAAGAUCAAGAAAAUGACAUCUGCUUGUGUAUGUCGUUCUGGAUAUAGAUAAAGAAAUCAUGGAUUGUUCUGUAACUCACAUUUGUUUUUUGGUUCGUUCAAUAUUUAAAUUGGUCACUUUUUGAAUAAAACCCCCCCCAAAAACAAGA